AUGAAGAAUAUUGUUGUGUUUUUCUUCUUUUUCAUUGCUGCUUUUGCUGGCAAUUUUAAUCAGAAUUUCGAUAUUACAUGGGGUGACGGACGGGCAAAAAUACUCAAUAACGGCGAGCUUCUUACGCUGUCCUUGGACAAGACUUCUGGUUCUGGAUUUAAGUCGAAAAACCAAUAUUUAUUUGGUAAGAUAGACAUGCAGCUAAAACUUGUCCCGGGCAACUCUGCUGGCACUGUCACCGCUUACUAUUUGUCUUCCACUGGAUCGAGUCACGACGAAAUUGACUUCGAGUUUCUUGGUAACCUAAGCGGGGACCCUUAUAUUCUUCAUACUAAUGUGUUCACAGAAGGAAAAGGUAACAGAGAGGAACAGUUUUAUCUCUGGUUCGAUCCCACCAAGGACUUCCACACCUACUCUAUUCUGUGGAACCCUCUAAGCAUCAUAUUUUCUGUAGAUGGAACUCCCAUUAGGCAAUUCAAGAAUUUGGAAUCUAAAGGGGUCCCCUAUCCAAAGAGCCAACCAAUGUGGAUUUUCUCAAGCCUAUGGGAUGCUGAUGAUUGGGCCACAAGAGGGGGCCUUGUCAAAACUGACUGGAGUCAAGCUCCUUUUACAGCUUCUUACAAAAAUUUUAAUGCUCGGGCUUGCAUAAUCUCUUCAGGUUCUUCUGCUGAUGCAUGCUCCAAAAAUUCUUCUGAAAAUUCAUGGUUAACGGAAUCAUUGGACAGCAGCGGCCAAGAAAAAAUUAAGUGGGUACAGAAGAAUUACAUGAUAUACAGUUAUUGUACUGAUAACAAGCGUUUUCCUCAAGGAUUUCCUCCAGAGUGCACAAUGGCAUGA